GGAAGGCGGGUGGUGGGGCCGGGGGCCUGAGGCGGCGGUACGGGCGCUGGCGGCUGCAGCUGGGCCCUUGGCCGAAGCCGGGCGGGAACCUCAGGCAAGAUGCUGGGAACCGGGCCUGCUGCCGCCACCACAACCACCACCACAUCUAGCAAUGUGAGCGUUCUACAGCAGUUUGCCAGUGGCCUCAAGAGCCGGAAUGAAGAGACCAGGGCCAAGGCUGCCAAGGAGCUCCAGCACUAUGUCACCAUGGAGCUUCGAGAGAUGAGUCAAGAGGAGUCUACACGCUUCUAUGAUCAGCUGAACCAUCACAUCUUUGAAUUGGUUUCCAGCUCAGAUGCCAAUGAGAGGAAAGGUGGCAUCUUGGCCAUUGCCAGCCUCAUAGGAGUAGAAGGCGGGAAUGCCACCCGAAUUGGCAGAUUUGCCAACUAUCUUCGGAACCUCCUCCCCUCCAAUGACCCAGUUGUCAUGGAAAUGGCAUCCAAGGCCAUUGGCCGCCUUGCCAUGGCAGGGGAUACUUUUACUGCUGAGUAUGUGGAGUUUGAGGUGAAGCGAGCCCUGGAAUGGCUGGGCGCUGAUCGCAAUGAGGGCCGGAGACAUGCAGCUGUCCUGGUUCUCCGUGAGCUGGCCAUCAGCGUCCCCACCUUCUUCUUCCAACAAGUGCAACCCUUCUUCGAUAACAUUUUUGUGGCUGUGUGGGACCCCAAGCAGGCCAUCCGUGAGGGAGCAGUUGCGGCUCUUCGUGCCUGUCUGAUUCUCACCACCCAGCGGGAGCCAAAGGAGAUGCAGAAACCACAGUGGUACCGGCACACGUUUGAAGAAGCAGAGAAGGGGUUUGAUGAGACGUUGGCCAAAGAGAAGGGCAUGAAUCGGGAUGAUCGGAUCCAUGGCGCCUUACUGAUCCUCAAUGAGCUCGUCCGAAUCAGCAGCAUGGAGGGAGAGCGUCUAAGAGAAGAGAUGGAAGAAAUCACACAGCAGCAGCUGGUGCAUGAUAAGUACUGCAAGGACCUCCUGGGCUUCGGGACAAAGCCUCGCCACAUUACCCCCUUCACUAGCUUCCAGGUUGUACAGCCCCAGCAGUCAAAUGCCUUGGUGGGGCUGCUGGGGUACAGCUCUCACCAAGGCCUCAUGGGAUUUGGGGCUUCCCCCAGCCCCGCUAAGUCCACCCUGGUGGAGAGUCGGUGCUGCAGAGACUUGAUGGAGGAGAAGUUCGAUCAGGUGUGCCAGUGGGUGCUGAAAUGCAGGAAUAGCAAGAACUCGCUGAUCCAAAUGACAAUCCUUAACUUGUUGCCCCGCUUGGCCGCAUUCCGACCUUCUGCCUUCACAGAUACCCAGUACCUCCAGGAUACCAUGAACCACGUCCUGAGCUGUGUCAAGAAGGAGAAGGAACGUACAGCUGCCUUCCAGGCCCUGGGGCUGCUUUCUGUGGCCGUGAGGUCUGAGUUUAAAGUCUACUUGCCUCGGGUGCUGGACAUCAUCCGAGCAGCCCUGCCGCCUAAGGACUUUGCCCAUAAGAGGCAGAAAGCAAUGCAGGUGGAUGCCACAGUGUUCACGUGCAUCAGCAUGCUGGCACGAGCAAUGGGACCAGGCAUCCAGCAGGACAUCAAGGAGCUGUUGGAGCCCAUGCUGGCAGUGGGGCUGAGCCCUGCUCUCACUGCUGUGCUCUAUGACCUGAGCCGCCAGAUUCCACAACUGAAGAAGGACAUUCAGGAYGGGCUACUGAAGAUGUUAUCUCUGGUUCUUAUGCACAAACCCCUCCGGCACCCGGGCAUGCCCAAGGGCCUGGCUCAUCAGCUGGCCUCUCCUGGCCUCACCACCCUCCCUGAGGCCAGUGAUGUGGGCAGCAUCACUCUUGCCCUCCGAACCCUUGGAAGCUUUGAGUUUGAAGGCCACUCCCUGACCCAGUUUGUCCGCCACUGUGCGGAUCAUUUCCUGAACAGUGAGCACAAGGAGAUCCGCAUGGAAGCUGCCCGCACCUGCUCCCGCCUGCUCACGCCCUCCAUCCACCUCGUCAGUGGCCAUGCUCACGUGGUCAGCCAGACUGCUGUGCAGGUGGUGGCAGAUGUGCUCAGCAAACUGCUCGUGGUUGGAAUCACAGAUCCUGACCCUGACAUCCGCUACUGCGUCUUGGCAUCCCUGGAUGAGCGCUUUGAUGCACACCUCGCCCAGGCAGAGAAUUUGCAGGCCCUCUUUGUGGCUCUAAAUGACCAGGUGUUUGAGAUCCGGGAGCUGGCCAUCUGCACUGUGGGCCGACUCAGUAGCAUGAACCCUGCCUUCGUCAUGCCUUUCCUGCGAAAGAUGCUCAUCCAGAUUUUGACAGAGCUGGAGCACAGCGGCAUUGGGAGAAUCAAAGAGCAGAGUGCCCGCAUGCUGGGGCACCUGGUCUCCAAUGCCCCCCGACUCAUCCGCCCCUACAUGGAGCCUAUUCUGAAGGCUUUAAUUUUGAAACUGAAAGAUCCGGACCCUGAUCCAAACCCAGGGGUGAUCAAUAACGUCUUGGCCACUAUAGGAGAAUUGGCUCAGGUCAGUGGCCUAGAAAUGAGGAAGUGGGUGGAUGAACUUUUUAUCAUCAUCAUGGACAUGCUCCAGGACUCCUCUCUGUUGGCCAAAAGGCAGGUGGCUCUGUGGACCCUGGGGCAAUUAGUAGCCAGCACUGGCUAUGUGGUGGAGCCCUACAGGAAGUACCCCACCUUGCUUGAGGUGCUGCUGAAUUUUCUGAAGACCGAACAGAACCAGGGCACAAGGAGAGAGGCUAUCCGUGUGUUAGGGCUUUUAGGGGCUUUGGAUCCCUACAAGCACAAAGUGAACAUCGGCAUGAUUGACCAGUCCCGGGACGCGUCUGCAGUCAGCCUGUCAGAAUCCAAGUCAAGUCAGGAUUCCUCGGACUAUAGCACCAGUGAAAUGCUGGUCAACAUGGGAAACCUGCCUCUGGACGAAUUCUACCCAGCUGUGUCCAUGGUGGCCCUGAUGCGGAUCUUCCGAGACCAGUCCCUCUCUCACCAUCACACCAUGGUUGUCCAGGCCAUCACCUUCAUCUUCAAGUCCCUGGGGCUCAAGUGUGUGCAGUUUCUGCCCCAAGUCAUGCCCACAUUCCUUAAUGUCAUCCGGGUCUGUGACGGGGCCAUCCGGGAAUUUCUGUUCCAGCAGCUGGGAAUGCUGGUGUCUUUUGUGAAGAGCCACAUCAGGCCUUAUAUGGAUGAAAUCGUCACCCUCAUGAGAGAAUUCUGGGUGAUGAACACUUCCAUCCAGAGCACAAUCAUUCUUCUCAUUGAGCAAAUUGUGGUAGCUCUUGGGGGUGAAUUUAAGCUAUAUCUGCCCCAACUGAUCCCGCACAUGCUGCGUGUCUUCAUGCAUGACAACAGCCCAGGCCGCAUCGUCUCCAUCAAGUUGUUGGCAGCAAUCCAGCUAUUUGGUGCCAACCUGGAUGACUAUCUGCAUUUGUUGUUGCCUCCCAUUGUGAAGCUGUUCGAUGCCCCUGAAGUUCCACUGCCAUCUCGAAAGGCGGCAUUGGAGACAGUGGACCGCCUGACGGAGUCCCUGGAUUUCACUGACUAUGCCUCCCGGAUCAUUCACCCGAUUGUUCGUACACUGGACCAGAGCCCAGAGCUGCGUUCCACAGCCAUGGACACGUUGUCUUCACUUGUUUUUCAGCUGGGGAAGAAGUACCAAAUUUUCAUUCCAAUGGUGAAUAAAGUUCUGGUGCGACACCGAAUCAACCAUCAGCGCUAUGACGUGCUCAUCUGCAGAAUCGUCAAGGGAUACACCCUUGCAGAUGAAGAGGAGGACCCUUUGAUUUACCAGCAUCGAAUGCUGAGGAGUGGCCAAGGAGAUGCGUUGGCUAGUGGACCAGUAGAAACAGGACCCAUGAAGAAACUGCACGUCAGCACCAUCAACCUUCAGAAGGCCUGGGGAGCUGCCAGGAGGGUCUCCAAAGAUGACUGGCUGGAAUGGCUGAGACGGCUGAGCCUGGAGUUGCUGAAGGACUCCUCCUCGCCCUCCCUGCGCUCGUGCUGGGCCCUGGCACAGGCCUACAACCCCAUGGCCAGGGAUCUCUUCAAUGCUGCAUUUGUGUCCUGCUGGUCUGAACUGAAUGAAGACCAGCAAGAUGAGCUCAUCAGAAGCAUUGAACUGGCCCUCACCUCUCAAGACAUCGCUGAAGUCACACAAACCCUCUUAAACUUGGCUGAAUUCAUGGAGCACAGUGACAAGGGCCCCCUUCCACUGAGAGAUGACAAUGGCAUUGUUCUUCUGGGUGAGAGAGCUGCCAAGUGCCGAGCAUAUGCCAAAGCACUGCACUAUAAAGAACUGGAGUUCCAGAAAGGUCCCACCCCCGCCAUACUCGAGUCUCUCAUCAGCAUUAAUAAUAAGCUACAGCAGCCCGAGGCAGCUGCCGGGGUGUUGGAAUACGCCAUGAAGCACUUUGGAGAGCUGGAGAUCCAGGCCACCUGGUAUGAGAAACUGCACGAGUGGGAGGAUGCCCUUGUAGCCUAUGAUAAGAAGAUGGACACCAACAAGGAUGAUCCCGAGCUCAUGCUUGGCCGCAUGCGCUGCCUCGAGGCCUUGGGCGAGUGGGGGCAGCUCCAUCAGCAGUGCUGUGAAAAGUGGACUCUGGUUAAUGAUGAGACUCAAGCCAAGAUGGCCCGGAUGGCUGCUGCAGCUGCGUGGGGUUUAGGUCAGUGGGACAGCAUGGAAGAGUACACCUGCAUGAUACCUCGGGACACCCAUGAUGGGGCGUUUUAUAGAGCUGUGCUGGCACUCCAUCAGGACCUCUUCUCCUUGGCACAACAGUGCAUUGACAAGGCCCGGGACCUGCUGGAUGCUGAGCUAACUGCCAUGGCAGGAGAGAGUUAUAGUCGGGCCUAUGGGGCCAUGGUUUCUUGCCACAUGCUCUCUGAGCUGGAGGAGGUUAUCCAGUACAAACUUGUCCCUGAGCGACGAGAGAUCAUCCGCCAGAUCUGGUGGGAGAGACUGCAGGGCUGCCAGCGUAUCGUGGAGGACUGGCAGAAAAUCCUUAUGGUGCGGUCCCUCGUGGUCAGUCCUCAUGAGGACAUGAGAACCUGGCUCAAGUACGCCAGCCUGUGUGGCAAGAGCGGCAGGCUGGCUCUUGCUCAUAAAACCUUAGUGCUGCUCCUGGGAGUCGAUCCGUCUCGGCAGCUCGACCAUCCUCUGCCCACAGUCCACCCUCAGGUGACCUAUGCCUACAUGAAGAACAUGUGGAAGAGCGCUCGCAAGAUCGAUGCCUUCCAGCACAUGCAGCACUUUGUCCAGACCAUGCAGCAGCAGGCCCAGCAUGCCAUUGCCACUGAGGACCAGCAGCAUAAGCAGGAGCUACACAAGCUCAUGGCCCGGUGUUUCCUGAAACUCGGGGAGUGGCAGCUGAACCUCCAGGGCAUCAAUGAGAGCACCAUCCCCAAAGUGCUGCAGUACUACAGUGCCGCCACUGAGCAUGACCGCAGCUGGUACAAGGAUUUAUCCAAAACCCUCUUGAUGUACACUGUACCGGCCGUCCAGGGCUUCUUCCGUUCUAUCUCCUUGUCACGAGGCAACAACCUCCAGGAUACACUCAGAGUUCUCACUUUGUGGUUUGAUUAUGGUCACUGGCCAGAUGUCAAUGAAGCCUUGGUGGAAGGGGUGAAAGCAAUCCAGAUUGAUACUUGGUUACAGGUUAUUCCUCAGCUCAUUGCAAGAAUUGAUACRCCCAGACCCUUGGUGGGACGCCUCAUUCACCAGCUUCUCACAGACAUUGGUCGGUACCACCCCCAGGCYCUCAUCUACCCUCUGACUGUGGCUUCCAAGUCAACUACAACAGCCCGUCACAACGCAGCCAACAAGAUUCUGAAGAACAUGUGUGAGCACAGCAACACCCUGGUCCAGCAGGCCAUGAUGGUGAGCGAGGAGCUGAUCCGGGUAGCCAUCCUCUGGCAUGAGAUGUGGCACGAAGGCCUGGAAGAGGCAUCUCGUUUGUACUUCGGGGAGAGGAAUGUGAAGGGCAUGUUUGAGGUGCUGGAACCUCUGCACGCUAUGAUGGAACGGGGCCCCCAAACUCUGAAGGAAACGUCCUUUAAUCAGGCAUAUGGCCGAGAUUUAAUGGAGGCCCAAGAAUGGUGCAGGAAGUACAUGAAGUCAGGGAACGUCAAGGACCUCACCCAAGCCUGGGACCUCUACUACCACGUGUUCAGACGGAUCUCAAAGCAGCUACCCCAGCUUACAUCCUUAGAGCUGCAGUAUGUUUCCCCAAAACUUCUGAUGUGCCGAGACCUUGAAUUGGCUGUGCCAGGAACAUAUGACCCCAACCAGCCAAUCAUUCGCAUUCAGUCCAUAGCCCCAUCUUUGCAAGUUAUCACAUCCAAGCAGAGGCCCCGGAAGCUGACUCUCAUGGGCAGCAAUGGCCAUGAGUUUGUGUUCCUCCUGAAGGGCCACGAAGACCUGCGGCAGGACGAGCGGGUGAUGCAGCUCUUCGGCCUGGUUAACACCCUCUUGGCCAAUGACCCGACAUCUCUUCGGAAAAACCUCAGCAUCCAGAGAUAUGCCGUCAUCCCUCUGUCCACCAACUCAGGCCUCAUUGGCUGGGUCCCCCACUGUGACACGCUACAUGCCCUCAUCCGGGACUACAGGGAGAAGAAGAAGAUCCUCCUCAACAUUGAGCAUCGCAUCAUGUUGCGGAUGGCUCCAGACUAUGACCACCUGACCCUGAUGCAGAAGGUGGAAGUGUUUGAGCACGCUGUCAACAACACAGCAGGGGACGACCUGGCCAAGCUGCUGUGGCUGAAGAGCCCCAGCUCGGAGGUGUGGUUUGAYCGAAGAACCAAUUACACUCGCUCUUUAGCAGUCAUGUCAAUGGUUGGAUAUAUUUUGGGCCUAGGAGAUAGACACCCAUCUAACUUGAUGCUGGACCGACUGAGUGGAAAGAUCCUGCACAUUGACUUUGGGGACUGCUUUGAGGUUGCUAUGACCAGAGAAAAAUUUCCAGAGAAGAUUCCAUUUAGACUAACAAGAAUGUUGACCAACGCUAUGGAGGUUACAGGUCUAGAUGGCAACUACAGAAUCACAUGCCACACGGUGAUGGAAGUGCUUCGGGAGCACAAGGACAGUGUCAUGGCUGUACUGGAGGCCUUUGUCUAUGAUCCCUUGCUGAACUGGAGGCUGAUGGACACAAAUACCAAAGGCAACAAGCGGUCUCGAACGCGGACAGAUUCCUACUCUGCAGGUCAGUCAGUAGAAAUUUUGGACGGUGUGGAACUUGGAGAACCAGCUCAUAAGAAAACAGGGACCACGGUGCCAGAAUCUAUUCAUUCUUUCAUUGGAGACGGUUUGGUGAAGCCAGAAGCCCUAAACAAGAAAGCUAUUCAGAUUAUUAACCGGGUUCGCGAUAAGCUCACUGGUCGGGACUUUUCCCAUGAUGAUACCUUGGACGUUCCAACGCAAGUUGAGCUGCUCAUCAAACAAGCAACAUCCCAUGAAAACCUCUGCCAGUGCUACAUUGGCUGGUGUCCCUUCUGGUGACGGGAGGCCCACUAUGCCCACAGUAUCUCCCCUGAGGCUUUCAUACUUGGUCCACACUUCACCAAACUGAAACUAUGGUCAAAAGUUUGUUAAUAUUUUGAAAUGUAAAUGAAAAGAACUACUGUAUAUUCGAAGUUGGUUUGAACCAACUUUCUAGCUGCUGUUAAAGAAGAUAUUGUCAGAAACACAGGGCUUGAUGCGGCUCCCAGGACAGUGAAACACAGUAAUACUACACGAUCAAGCCAUCGACUCUGGGGAACAGAAGAUCCAUAACUUCAGAAAUACGGGUUUUGAUUUCACUCACAAGAGAGCUAAAAUGUCUGCUGACAGAGGUUGGCCUGGCCGCUCCUCUCAAGGUGGGUCCAGCGACUCRGCACAGUCAAAAAGGCUGGGGCAGUGGAGAACACGGAUCAGGGUCCUAGACUAUGAAGAAGCAGAAGUUCCUCCCUUUACCUCACUGGUCCCUGGACAGCAGUGGCAACAUGUGCAGGACAAGCCAGGACAGGUCGGUGUUCUGCCUGACCCAGUGCUGCUGCAGCUCACACUUAACCCAGACCAGAACUGCCAGUAGGGCAGUCUGUGCAGGUGCCUGGUAGUUCCCACACAUUGGGGCCCAGGCUGGCCCCGUGUUCAGUGAGAUCUGAAUGCGCUGURUUUGAAGCAAGGGUUUAAAACACAAAUGCUAUCACAGAUGUGCUGAACACAGAGGGACAGGCUAGGUUGUGUGCAGAAUUAUGAGCAACGUAAAUAUUUGACUAAAUGCACAAAGUAUAGGAUGUAGCCACGUCUAGACACCAUGUUGUAUCUGAAUAAUUUUUGUGCCAAUAAAUGA